CCCUUCCCCCCCUCCCCUCCCCGAGGGGGACCAACCAUGAUGUUCCGAGACCAGGUGGGCAUCCUGACCGACUGGUUCAAGGGCUGGAAUGAGUGUGAGCAGACGGUGGCGCUGCUGUCGCUACUGAAGAGGGUGACGCGCACCCAGGCCCGCUUCCUGCAGAUCUGCCUGGAGCACUCGCUGGCCGACUGCACCGAGAUCCACAUCUUGGAGGCCGAAGCCAACAACGCAGCCAUCGUCAGCCAGUGGAACCAGGAGCCCAAGGAGAAGGCGGUGUCCCUGCUGCUGUCCCACCUGCCGCUGCUGCAGCCGCGCAACAGCGAGGCCAAGUGCGAGUACAUGAACCUGCUGCAGAAAGUGCUGAGCCACACCAUCGAGAGCAGCCUGUUCGUGGAGGAGAGCCGGCAGCUGCUGUCCUACGCCCUCAUCCACCCGGCCACCACCCUGGAGGACCGCACCUCGCUGGCCAUGUGGCUCAACCACCUGGAGGAGCACCUGUCGAGCGGCUACGCGCCCUCCGGCCGGCCCCCCAUCGGGCCCCACCACCCGCGGCAGGGCUCAGAUGAGUGGCCCGGCCCGCCCGAGGCCCCCGACCCCGCCCAUGCCUGGCAGGACAAGCCCCCUUCCUCCGGCUCCGCCUCUUCCUCCGCAGGCCAGAACGGGCACCUGCCUUUCCAUGGCCCUGGCGGCGUGCCCUCGCCCAUCAACAGCAUCGGCGCUGGCACCAACACAGUGCUGUCCAGUCAGAUCCACCCCAGUCCCCUGAAGAGGGCGAUGUCGCUGAUCCCCUCCAGCCCCCAGGCGUGCGGCACGGAGUGGCCGAGCCAGGAGGACCUGGGGGGGCGGCCGGCCUUCGUGCCCCCGGACCACGCCCCCCUGUCCCCCCAGAGCAGCGUGGCGUCCUCGGGCAGCGAGCAGACGGAGGACCAGGGCACCGCCCGCAACACCUUCCAGGAAGAAGGAAGCGGUAUGAAAGAUGUUCCCACGUGGCUGAAGAGCCUCCGCCUACACAAGUACGCAGCACUUUUCUCCCAGAUGACGUACGAGGAGAUGAUGAUCCUGACGGAGCAGCACCUGGAGUCGCAGAAUGUCACAAAGGGGGCCCGGCACAAGAUCGCCCUGAGCAUCCAGAAGCUGAGAGAGAGACAGAGCGUGCUCAAGUCCUUAGAGAAGGACAUCCUGGAGGGAGGAAACCUCCGGAACGCCCUACAGGAGCUCCAGCAGAUCAUCAUCACACCUAUCAAGGCCUACUCCCAUCUUGCCACUGCCCAGAAGGAGGCGGAGCCCAGCGCCCCGCCCUCCGAGAAGAGCCCCAAGGCCGGGGAGGACAAGGACGGCGCAGCCGCCGAGGCCUUCCAGUCACACAACCCCCCGCCCUGCGACGGGGAGUCCUCGGCCGCGCCCAUCUCGGAUGGAGACAUUGCUGGCCAGUUCACCCGUGUCAUGGGCAAAGUGUGCACUCAACUGCUGGUGUCCAGGCCAGACGAGGAGAACAUCAGCUGCUACCUGCAGCUUAUUGAGAAGUGUCUGAGUCAUGAGGCUUUCACAGAGACCCAGAAGAAGAGGCUGGUGUCCUGGAAGCAGCAGGUGCUAAAGCUGCUCCGCCUGUUCCCUCGGAAAUCCAUGCUGGACAUGCCCGUGUACCGACAGAAAGGCUGGGCGUAUGGGUCCAACUCCCUCCCCACAGCGGGCUCUGUGGGCGGAGGGCUGGGGAGGAGGGGCCAGAGGCAGUUCCAGAUGCCCCCCCGCGGGCUGCCCCCGAGCAGGAUGGGGCUGAUGAGCCCGGGCGGCAUCGGGGGCGCCUCCCCCCGCCACACCCUCACCAGCCCUGCGUUGGGCGGCCAGGGCCGACAGAACCUGUGGUUUGCUAACCCCGGCGGCAGCAACAGCAUGCCCAGCCAGAGCCGCAGCUCAGUACAGAGGACCCACUCGCUCCCCGUCCACACAUCCCCACAGACCAUGCUCCUGUUCCAGCAGCCAGAAUGCCAAGUUCCGGGGACAGAUCUGGAGAUCAACCCCACGCUGGAGUCCCUGUGCCUCAGUAUGACGGAGCACGCCUUAGGGGAUGGAAUGGACAGAACAUCGACAAUAUGAAAAUUAAAAAAAAAAAUUAUCCAUUAAAACAAAAAACCUAUACUUCACUUUAUAACUGAAUCCUGACUGGCUGUUGGGCACAGGACGAAAAUCAGAACACAAACAUAAUGGUCACUACAAAAAGUCAAAAACUAACUAUGUAUAUGUUCUCUGAUAUUUUUCUACUUUAUUAUACUUAACUAAGGUUUAUUAUAAAUGGAAUACAGAUUACUAUGAUAUUAUGUGAGAGAAGAGAAGAAAGAUUUGCAAGAGAGUUUGAAUGCUAAAUUGUUUAGUUUCCAAACUGCUCGGUGUCUCCCUCUGCAGGCCCAUUGCAUAACGAGAGAAAGACGGCAGGUCUGAAAUGGGUGGGAGAUCUUGUGUCAGAUUCUUUUUUUUUUUUUUGCUGGUUCAGCUGCUGUCACUGAAGCAGAGGUCUGUGAGAAAAGAGGAGGACUGGUGCUGUCUUAAGGGUUUUUGUACCCAAAUUGCUCCUUCCUUUUCAUCCCAGCAUAAAUUCAAAACACAAGGUGUUUGAGUAGCCUCAGAAUGGGAGGGGUGGAGUAGUUUUGAUACAGAGUGCCGUGGUGCAUUCUGAGAGACUUUAUAAAGAGCUUAAACAGGUCCUUUUGCACCCGUUCACCCCCCCCCACCCCCUUUGCCUCCAUUCCUCAGUGCAGAGAAACACAAGGUUUCCUUGUGCCUCCUAUAAUUCUCUUUAGGGGGGAAGGCAACAUAUAUUUAAACUCUCAAUAAUUGUCAAAACUAUAGCAAAUGGGAAAAAAAACAAGUUGAAACACGCAGCCAGUGUCAGCUUUGUCAGCUUUUUGGUUUAGCUACCCAGCGUUUAAGGGGAAUGGUAAAGAGGAAUUUUUUGCAUUUAGAACCCUCCAUGAUAUCAAUAAGGGCUGGUGAUAUUUGGACCUUUUGGGAAUGAGUGUGACAUCUCAUUGAUAGGGAUGACAGGUUUAUUUUCCAUAGGUAUGUUGAAAAGUCAAAGUAAUGAUCCUGCACUUUUUUGGUAGAGAAACAAGAAAAAUAAAUACAUUCUAUACCUUCUGACCCCUUCUCUAUUGCUAAGAAUGAAUUGCUAAGAAUCUGUUUCUGCCGGUCAGAAUUGAAUAAUUACCCACUUCCACAUCUCUUCCUACAUUUAAACCCCAGUGUCCAGAUAUGAUUAAGCAGACCGCUUUAAUAUACUCUCAUUGGCACUUCUUUCAUGUGAUGCUAUUGUUUCAAUUAUUCUAGAUCACUGUUGUUUAUUGGGGUUUUUCAAUCAGAAAUAAAUUUGUCUUAAAACCUAAAGACAUCAUCGUAUCAGAGCAGAUAUUUAUACAGAUUGGGCCUUAAUAUUCCAUUUGUGCAUAAGUAGACAAGAUUUCACACCACACGACUCAGAUUUCUGUCGUUUUGGUUUAGAACUUAAUUUUUUUGUUUUGUUUAUGAAACGAUCUUGGCUAGUACACUGUUCGGGCAACACAUUCAUGGCUGUUUUUAGCUACCAGCAGGGCACCAAAAAAUGUUUGAACGUUGAGCACAAAGGGCGUAGACACAACAGCGGCGAUACACCAGCAGGUCCGAGUGUAGGCUUGUUUCUUUAAAAUUUCUAGCUUCGAAAAAAAGUUGUGAGGUUAAAGGCGCUAAAGGCCCAUUCCCUGUUUUUGAUGAUUCUCGCGUACGCAGAACGAAUGUCCCAUCUCGGAGCUCCACGUCACCCACCUUGACCCAGUCAGCUGUAGUUGGGGGCAUUGAGGGCGUGUGCCUGUCUGUCAUUCUGGGCCAAUGAUAUGAGAGUAGAGAGAAAAGUGCAGAUGGUGUAAGCUGGACGCAGCCGGUUCCGCAGCCUGUCGCCUGAAUACCGGUUCAUUGUGCACUUGAAAGGGGACCAUUGUCUGAUAAGACAGAGAAGUCUUUUUAAAUUGUGCGUUCCGGCUUCCAGCGAUCA